AUGGCUAUUGUUGCUCUCGCUGUUACCUCAUCUCCUCCUCCUCUGAUUCCUUACACCUCCUGGCCAUCCACCGUCACCAUCGUUCGCAAUCACGCUUCUUCUCUGUGGUCGGUUACUCGAACAACGAAUUCCAAGUUGUGCGAGCUGGACAUUAUUUUAUAUGGUCCAAGUUACUUCAGUCCUUUGUUGAAAUAUGUGACAAAGAGAGACGAAGUUGAUUAUGUGAUGAUUGAGGAAGACCUUGUGGAGCAAGAGGACUUCAUUGCUGCUCGUGAAUCUCGGUUUAUAUUCCUUGUUGUUGAUGCCCGGUCUACUUUAUGGGGUUGGAGGCAUUCAUAUAGAGAUGUGUUGCUGAAAGUGAGGAAGAAAUUAUGUGUUUCUUGCUCAACCAAGUUGUCAACUGAAGAUCUAGAAGCAGAAGUUUUCCUUCAUCUGGUCAACAAUUUUUCAAGUGAAGAAUCAGGAACUUUCCUGGAUUUGUGGGAAUUAUCGAAUCCUUUGGAUGGUGCAGGGGGUCUAGAACUUGGAUUGAACCAAUAG